GACUACAUAAUAUUAUAUAGGUUGGCUCGCUCCCGCUCGCCAAUAAUAGCCUAACUCUGCUAGGUUUUACUGCUUCGACCGGCACCGUGGUCUAGUCUUCUUCUUCCUUCAUACAAAAUGUCAUUCAAGGUUGCGAUUCUCGGGAGUCCACGAUCGUCGGGCGAUGUCUUCUGGAGCAAUUUGACGUACGGGAUUCAAGUGUACGACCUCGCAGCUGAGCAGAUCUGCAGCAUUCUCCAUAGCCCGGAGCACAGCAACGGAAUUGAUGUCGCAAAGCUGGGAGCUAUUCCAGUAAACAAGUACGAGAUAUAUGGAGGAGGGAGAUUCUUUCCAUCUGUAACCAGAGAGGCAAGUAUAUAUUUCUCAUUAUGGCAAAGUGAAAGUACUUUGUGGUUGCCAUGCUGUGCAUGAGGGGGUUGCCAUAGGGUUGGCGUACGUAAACACUGUACCAUAAUAGGAUUUAUGUUUAUUUGCAAGUGAAAUGAGCCCACCUAGCCCACCUAGCUGUCUG